AUGGGUUCUGAAAGUGAUGAUGUGCAAAUUGAUUCAGAUGAAUCCUUAUUGGAUAUAAAAGAGAUAAACGAUUUAGAAUUUGAUAUACCUCAUGUUGCUCCACCUUCUCUUGAGAGUGUUUUAUGGGACAUGGAAUCUGAGGAAGGAAGUGAUAGUACUUCUCUACAAUCAUUUCAAAGCAUUUCUGUAAAAUUUAGGUCUAUGUUAUCGCACUGUAUUUUACAAGGUGUUUCAGCACAAAUUACUUCAGCUGGUGAAAAAGUAAAUGCUGGUUUACCUACGGUUAUUACGAAUAGUUUGAAAUAUGUUGCAAUAGGUACAUCGCAUGGCUAUAUAUUAGCAUUUGAUCCGGAACAGAAUUUGUGUUGGUAUUGCCAUGACUUGAACACCAUAGACCAAGGAGCUAUUUCUGCUUUAGCCUUUAAUUUGGAAUCUACGAGACUUCUUGUAGGAUAUGAGAGAGGCUUUAUAUCAAUGCUUGAUGCAACAAAUGGAGAUGUAAUCAGGAAAAUGCCUGACGCUCAUGCUCCACAAACGGCCGUACUGCAUUUAAGAUUUACAUUUUUAAAUAAUCUUGCUUUGUGUGGUGAUUCUUCAGGAUGUGUUUUCUCACUAUCUUUUCAUAGAAGGCUAGGUGUUAGAACGUGGGAAUCAAAAUGUUUAUUUUCUGGCGCUAGAGGUGAGGUUUGUGUUUUUGAACCCCUUGUUCGAGGACAUGAUAUACAUUUUCUUAGUAAUUAUGUAUUGGUGGCAAUGGCAACACUAUCUAAGGUUAUAGUGAUCUCAGUUCGACCAAGAUUGAAAGUACAUUUUAGUCAGCAAUUACCAAGAAUAUCGACGUCAUUACCUUUGAUUUCGUGGCAAUUAGUUUCUGUCGGCAAAUCCUUUCAACCAGUACUGGCUUGGGGCAGAGGAAAUGAAUUGAAUUAUACCAGAGUGAUAACACACGGUUUUAGUAAUAAUCGUAUUAGAUUGCUGCCUCUUAGAACUGUUGAAUUACUUUAUUCAAUGACUGCAUUGCAUUGGCUAGGAACCAGACAUUUAGCAUUAUUAGAUACCAGUGAAAAUUUGAGAUUGGUUGAUGUUCGCUCACAGCGUGAAUUGGAAGUGUUAGAACUUGCUAAUGCCGGCCUAGUAUAUAGUACAGCACAUUUUAAAGCCCUUGCUGUUGGAGGAGGUGUUAGCGAAGCAUUUGCACUGGCAGGAGAAAGAGCUUGUUAUAAUAGCUUGUCUGGUCGGGGAGAUCAGUUACUAGUAUUAGGAACAAAAGCUGUGCAUAUGGUUAAAUUAAGAACAUGGCCAGAAAGACUGUUGUAUUUAAGUGAUCAAGGACGAUGGGCAGAAGCUUUAAACUUGGCAGCGGAAGAGGGGUUAAAUAGAGAGAAAUUUACAAUAAUAUUAUUAGAUAAAUAUUUGGAAAAUUUGAAUCAAAAUACUGUUGAUAAAGAAAGCCUAACUGCGGCAAUAAAUUGCUGUGUGAAAUUAGGAAAAAUUCAAAUUUUAUGCAAUGAACUGCUAGAAGCUGUAUGUGUUGACCAAAAUAAUCAAGACUGGUAUUAUAGUUUAUUGACAGAUCAUAUAUGUAGCGGCAAUUUAUCAAAUUUAUCACCUUCUGUAGCACAGAUGUUAGUGGCCUAUUUAGAGCGUAAAGAUCACCAGUUACUAGAGAAUGUUUUAUUAUCUUUAGAAAUAACCUGUUUGGAUUUGCAUCAGGUUUUGAAAAUAUGUAAGAAAUUAAAGUUAUAUGAUGCCUGGAUACAUAUCACUACGAAGACGUUGGGGGAUUACACAAGCCCGUUAACUGAAUUUCUUUCGGAAUUGACCUCCGAUAAUCACAAAUUAGGCAACACUAUGUUGGUUUAUGUGUCAGCUUGUCUAGCUGGUUUGGGAUACCCCACCGGAAGUAUUCCCGAAAAAGAUAUUCUCAGAGCAAAGUAUGAUGUAUUGAGGUGUCUAGAAACCGUUCAUUCCAUUAAUAGAAGAAAUGAUGAACCUAGUUACCCAUAUUUAUACGCAUUAUUGAAAUAUAACACAAGAGAAUGUUUAAAUGUUGUAGAACUAGCAUUUACAGAAGCUGAAUUUUCAGGAGAAAUGGGGCUUUUACAGAGACAAAGGCUCGUUCAGAUAUUAAUGCAAAUAAUUACUCCAAUGGAAUUUUCAGGAAGUCAAAUCAUUAACUUUGUAUGUUUCGUUUCAAGGUUAAUUGUUUCAAACAGUCUUAAUAUUGAUGAAAAAAUGUUGAACACUGUAAUAAGGUACUUGACACAAAUGGCACGGAGUUCUUUGAGUUUGAGGGACCACAGCGAAAGAGAACAAGCUUGGCUGGACUUAAUACAUUCUAAUAAGUUGACACAUGUAACAACUAGGGAUCUACUUAAAAUGGCAUUGGAUUCAAAGUGUUUUAGGGUUGCAGAAUAUCUAUAUGAACAUUUACAUGACUAUUCCAAUAUUCUGUCAUGUUACUUGAAGGACACACUUCGCAAGACUGAAGUGUUUAAUUAUAUAUUAAACUUCAUUAAUGUGAGCGAAAGGUGUAUACAGCAACAGUUUUUAGAACAUUUUGAGGAAUUAGUCGCAAUAAGUAGUAAAAAGUGUAGUGAAAUAGUUAUUGAAUUUUUUCCAAAUUUGAUAGAACAAUUUAGUGAGAUGUUGAACGAUGACUUUGAUCUGCAAUACAACUUUUUAAGUGAUAUUGUUAACAGUGAUAUUAAACUACCUCCCCCGAUUGCAGAAAAAUAUUUAGAACAGUUGUGUAUUAAAAAUAAAAGUGCCGUUCGUAACUAUGUCCAGUUAACCUUUUGUAGAAAAGAAAAAGCUUUAAAUAUAACGAAACAGUACGAGGUGCACGAUGCUACUGCUCUUCUUUUGGAACACAGCGGAGAGUGGGUCGAAGCGCUUGAAUUGUUGCUGAAACACGAUAUGAAUGAGGAAGGUAUCAACUUGUGCAUUCGUGGAGCAGAGCACUUAGAUCCGGAAGCUGCACAAAAGCUGUGGCUGACAUUGCUUCGAUAUAAAAGAAAGACUGAAGGUGUCACAUUAAGACAACUUUUACAUGCGGCAGCCCCUCAUAUCCAUCCAACGCAGUUGUUAGAAUUGGUUUCCAAUGCUCAUUUUGGUGAUAUCAAGGGUUUACUGCAAGGCAUACUAAGCGAUUAUACUCAUGAUGUUCAGAUGCUUUCAACUACCCUUAAAUUGUUAAGCAAGGAUCUUCAUCAUGGCCUUGCAAAGUCUUUAGUUUCAAGCGGUAAGGGUACCCUAAUAUCAAACCUAAUCUGCAACUCCUGUCAGAAGUCUUUAACUUUCAGAAAAGAACUAGAAAAUGACGAAACUAUUACUGCAUGGAGUUGUGGUCAUUGUUUCCAUUUAUCUUGUGUUAAAGCAGCCGAAGUUAAAAACAUUUGCCCUCAGUGUCGGUUAAGAGCCGUCUUACUCCCUAUUAAAAAAACGAAAAUUAGUAGCCAAGAGGGCUUUCAUCUUAACUUUAAUAUUCGCCCUGAUUUGGAGGGCCAUUUUUAAUACAAACUAGUCCAAUUAGCAGAUUGUUUAUAUAUAUGUAUAUAUAUAUUAUGUGGCAGUAGUGAGUAUUUGAAAUAUAUUUUCUUAAGUACUGUUACAUUGUAUGUAACAAUCCUAACCGAUAUUUUUUUUGAAUGUAUAAGUUGUGAAAUCAAUUAUGAAAAAUGUACUAUUAGGUAUUUGUGUUGAAUAUUUUUUCCCUUAUACUUAUUUUUUCUUUAUCAAACAUAAAGCAUUUAAACUUAAAAGCAAUUGACUUUACGGGAAGAAUUGUUUAAGUAAAUGAAGGUCUGAUAUAGUUUCAAGAUUAGUUAUGAAAUAUAAAAAAGACAAA